CCCGGGUCGGGCCGGGCCAGGUCCUCCUCCGGGUUCGUGCCUGCGCGGUCUGCCGGACCGACCUCCACAUCCUGGGACGGGGAGCUCCCGGAGGCCAAGUUGCCCCUGGUUCCCGGACAUCAGAUCGUGGGAACGGUGGCCGGCUGCGGUCGAAGAGUCAGCCGACUGAGUCAGGGAGACCGGGUGGGAGUCCCCUGGUUGGGCUGGACCUGCAACCGGUGCGGCUACUGCAGGUCCUCCAGAGAGAAUCUGUGCGAUCGCGCCCGGUUCACGGGGUAUCAUAGGGACGGAGGCUACGCCGAGUUCGCGGUCGCUGACGAGCGCUACUGUUUCCCGAUCCCACCGGACUAUCCCGAUCUUCAGGCGGCCCCGCUGUUGUGCGCCGGCCUGAUCGGCUUCCGGUCCUUGAAGAUGACCGGCGAGGCUCAACGCGUCGGCUUUUACGGGUUCGGCUCGGCAGCCCAUAUUCUGGUUCAGGCGGCUCUCCAUGAGGGUCGGCAGGUCUAUGCCUUCACCCGGGCCGGGGAUAGAGCCGGCCAGCAGUUUGCCCUCCGUUCAGGGGCGGCGUGGGCCGGUGAAUCGGGUCAGCGGCCUCCGGUGCCGCUGGAUGCGGCCAUUAUCUUCGCACCCGCCGGCGAGUUGGUCCCGGAAGCUCUGAAGGCGGUGGCCAAAGGGGGCUCGGUGAUCUGCGCCGGUAUCCAUAUGAGCGAUAUUCCGGCCUUUCCCCUACUCGAUUCUCUGGGGAGAGCGGGUGGUGCGCUCGGUCGCCAAUCUCACCCGGCGCGAUGGCGAGGAGUUUCUGGGGUUGGCGGGCCGAAUCGCCAUCGGGACUCAAGUCAGUCCCUUUGCGCUGACCGCCGCCAACCAGGCCCUGUCGGCGCUACGGUCGGGAAAUGUUCAGGGAGCAGCCGUUCUGGUGGUCGAUUGAUCUGA